AUGGGGAGCAACAGCCUGGCGAUGUCGCAGCAGAUGUACUUCAGCACACACAAUGCCCUUCGAGUAAAUGACGAAAACGAUGUGAUCAGCACCCUGUUUUAUGAAAUAAACGGGAACAGGCACAUCAGCCUGCUUAUAUUCCCCUUCUACGACGUGCAAAUGUUGAAGCGACUCCUGAUAAAGAAGUUAAAUCUACCCAGAGAUGUCAAGGUAAAUGACAUCCUAAUAUUUUACAAGGGAAUCAAAUUGCCAAACUAUAGAAUCAUAAGUACCUAUCUGGAAAUCAUAGAUCAAAAGAGUUACCCUCCUUUCUUUGAAAAUAUUCUACACGAUAUAAAAUUAGCUUUUAAAAAAAACAUUUCUCCUAAGCUAACUAUGGAUGGGACAGGAGGAACCUACCUUCUAUUCAACAGCAAGAAGAAGGUAUGCUCUGUUUUUAAGCCUUUGGAUGAAGAAGCAUUUGCCCCAUUUAACCCUAGAGGGUAUGAAGGGAAAAUGUAUCAGGAAGGAUUUCGGUCUGGAGUUCUAUCUGGAGAAGGAGCCAGCAGAGAGAUUGCUGCCUACAUACUUGACAACAGCUACAACAAUUUUAGUAGCGUUCCCUGUACCAUCAUGGUAGAAGCUUGCAAUCCAAACUUUAACAAUAAGAGCAAGCUCAAAUAUGUCGACCACGAGAAUAAUAUGAAGUGGAAAUGUGGGUCGUUACAAGAAUUCGUCGAUUCCAGAGAGAGCGUCGGAAACUACGACUACAAACAGUUUAGCAUUAGGGACAUUCACAAGAUUGCCAUUUUGGACAUACGGGUGAUGAACUUGGAUCGGAACGAUGGCAACAUUUUGGUGUCCCCUUUGAAGAGCCUAAAGGAUUCGUGCAACCAGUUUCUUUAUCGGAACAACCGCAGCCUGGGCACGAGUGAUGAGGACAUGCUCAAGCGGAUCGUCACGAUUGAUAAGAAGCCAUCCAGGUACAGCCUCAUCCCCAUAGACCACGGACUCAUCAUGCCGCACAUAAUGGACGUGGCGGAAAUUGACUUGGUUUGGUUUGACUGGCCCCAGACAAAGGUCCCCUUCGACGACGAGGUGCUGGAGGUCAUCUUCACAUUCGACCCAGACAAGGACGCAGAGAAAAUCCGUAACAAGCUCCUCAUCCGAGAAGACUGCAUACGAACCAUGCGCGUGUGCACUCGGCUGCUGCAGAUCGGAGCCAGGAUGCACCUGAAUUUGCAUGAAAUCGCCAAAAUCAGCACGAGGAAGAGCAUCGACGAGGAGUCCGUGCUGGAGCAUCUCGUGCGGGACUCCAUCGUGCAGGCAUAUCAAAUGAUGGAUUACACCUCCCUUAUGAGCACCAACCGGCUGGGCCACAUCCUGGACCUGGCAGAAAUCAAAAUAAACAAAAAAAAAAAAAACAGCAAGAUGAAGACGAUGGAGAACAUCGACGAAGCAUUCAAAGGAGCAAACGACACAAGUGACACAAAGAAAAUAGAAAAGGCGACCUGUCACUUUAGUCCCGUAUCGAAGGAUAAGUGCAGAUCAUUUGACUACAGUUAUGAGAGGUCCCUACCCAGUGGGAACAUCUUCCAAGACGUAAAAGGAAUAGAAAUGGAAAAGGAUAAACUAAGAGGGGGCAGCCCCAAGGGGAAGGAAGGAAGAACCCCCCAUGGGAGUCGUGACAAAUUGGAAGAGACGUUAAAGUAUGGAGCCUCUGGCGGGUCAUCAGUGCACCCUACGGACACCACUACAGGUACCGCUACCGGGAAGGCGUCCCCACUGGAUGUGCUUCGAAAGGAGAUGGAAAAUGAAGACGGUGCGAUGAAGGAUGAACACUUACAGAUGAAUGAAACAGUGCAGAUCGUUUGCGAGAGUGUAUCGGGUGCGCCCGAUGGGAUUCCACCGGGAGGGGCAAAAGGAAGUCUAAGUAACGAGUUCGAAGCUAUGAAGAGGAAAGAAAAAAAGAGUGCUUACGAUAGCUUCUACAGGAGGACCCCUGACGUGGAUCUCAAUGUAGGAAGUGAACAGAAUGAGCAAAAUAAAUCAUCGAUCAAUUCGGUCAGCAGCAGGAGUGACUACACCCUGGUGACUGCCAGCUCCGGUUCGUGCAUUGACGAGAAAGGGGGGAGUAAUUCCUGCAGUGGAGAGACCCCCAAGGGGAGUGAACGCAGUGGUGAUGGAAGUGCGCCGUCCAUCGGUGGAGCGCGUAGGAAAUGGGAUGGGCAACAUGAAGGGAGAGGUGAUCACAAACGUGAUGGUAAUCGUGAUGACAAACAGGACAGCCACCCGGACGAUCGCGCACGAGCACACAGCGCGAGAGACCAAGAUACGAGGGUAAAAAGAAAAAAGAAGAAGAAGAAAGAAAAAAAAGAAAAGUAUUAUGACAAGGAUGAGAACAAGCUAGGUGAUGAAAAAAAGGAGGACGAGGAAGGAAGGGAAUUGCCAAAUGACAAGCCGGACGAUGUGCAUGAAGAGGCACAGAAUGAGACAACCAAGGGGGAUUUGCUGAAAAGCGGCGCGGAAGACGACACGGACGAUGAUGAUGACGACGAAGAUGAUGACGAUGACGAAGAAAACGACGACGUGCCGUUUAAAAAACCCACAGGAACCAUCAAACGGAUAAGUGAGAGCGGCGGGACGGCCUACCGCAACAUCGAGAUGAACAAGUUAAACUCAGUCUGGGUGAUACGAGACAAAAACAACAGAAUUAUAAACGUCAAGUGGGAGAACAAGAUAUUUGAGAAACUUUUCUUCGAGACGUUUGAAAAUUACGUCAAGAAGUACAUUAACGAUUACCACCCGGAGUGGAGACAGUAUCCUUACAACGGGUCGCAGAUCAGCGGUAUCAAGCAUGGCUACCUGAAGAGCAUACAGUGA